GCGAGUGCCAAUUUCGUGGCAUCUUUGCAUGCCAACUAUGUGGUGAACCUGGAUUUCGACAGCUCUACCACCGAGGCAGCCGGGCUGGACAACCUCGAUGACGAGGAUGUCAAAGUCAUGAACCUGGCGAACGGCCGCCGGAAAUUUAGAUGCCGACUACCUGGAGGCAGGAACAUUUCCCAGCAGCUGCCUGGCGCGCCAGAUGCGAAAGCGCACUUCCUGGCAGCCAAGCUCGCCCCAUGGCGGGGGAGCUGCCUGACCGUGAUCAAGGAUUUCUGGUCCUACGACCUCUGCUCUGGCAGCAAAGUGGUUCAAUACCGCGACGAUGCUGGCAUGCGCUUCUCUCUGGGCGAACAUCACCCCAAGUCUGACCGUCUCCUGCCCACGGGUGAAGUCCGCGAGUUGUACCUGGGCGGCACCGACAAUCGCAGCACCGAGGUCAGAUAUGUGUGCGGUCGUGGAGAUACAUCGGCCACAUCGCUUGAGGUCGUCGAAGACCCUGUGCAUUUCUACACCCUCACAGUCUCAGGACCAGCCUUCUGCUCUUGGAAAGACAGGGAUGGGGCCGAGGCUGGAAUGGGCUUGGCAUGGAGGUUAGAACCCCUUCGAAGCCGAUGUCUCAACAUUUCUCGCGGGUGGUGGACGUAUGAGUACUGCUACCCUGCGAACUUGGUGCAGUUCCAUUUGGAGAAUGACAAACGUGCUCCGCAGUACACGCUGGGAACAUUAGAGGGGACGGCGCAGAGCAAGUCGCCGAACCGCGUCAACAUGAGCAUGAUUCGGCUGAAACCGAGCAUGAGCCCGCGGGAGAGAAGAGCCCCACCGUCACGACACUUGACCCUGGAGCAGCAGCUUGGGGGUGGCAAUGAGACUUGGUUGGAUUUUGCGGAUCUCUUGCCAUGCGCAAAGGGGAAAAGCGGUAUCUUAAUCAAGUUCGUCAAAGAGUUACAGAUGCACGGACAAAGGCCCGAGUCUCGCAUCGUGAGCGUCACGGAAAGCUCGCUCUGCGAGUACGAGGUCUUGAUCCAUACGACGCUGCUUUGCGGCCAUCACAAGCUGAUGCCCACGCUGCCACGAGGCAAAGAGACCAUCCAGUGCGUCGCAGACCCCAGAGACGAGGAGCCUGCCAAGAUGCCUCGAUCAGAGACACUGACGCAGAUGGACAAGCCAGAAGUCUCCGAAAUGAAGAAGGCGAUGGAAAUGCUGGAGCCAGCCAGCAAGGUACCGGCCGUGACCUCUCUUCCUUUCGAGAAUCCCUAUUCGAUGCUUCUGAAACUGUCGCUGGCGGAGCGCGUGCAGGGGCAAAAGCCGGAGCUCCUGGAGGCUCUGAUGUGCAUCUCGAAAGCUCUUGCGAUCGGCCCCGCUUGCCAGGAACUCUGGUGGAGUGCUGCCAAGGUCUUUUUGCAGCUCUUCCUGCAGCAGGACGACGCGGACAGCCUUGUCGAACCCUGGAGUCAAAAGCUACAGGUUCUGGCUGGAAGCUCGGAUACGAAGUCCUCGCCGUGCUGGCGCUUUCUGUAUGGUCAAGCGCGAAUGUUGAAUCAAGUGUGGCAGUGCAGGCUCACCCGGGAUCUGAAUUCUGGACUGCAGAAAACACUGAAGGCUGGACACCGACAGAUCCCUGGAGAGCUUUCUCAUUUGGCGCUGCAGUGGUUCGAAAGGCAGCUUGAGAUGCUGGUGCUUCUAAGAUGCCGGAGGCGCUACUUCGCCCGCAACAACGAGAGCAGGCUUGUGUCGCACCUGAAUCGCUGCAAGCGCACGGCGCAGACGCUUCUUUGGUUCCUCAUCAAGUGUACGGACAUGAGUGGUGAGUUUCAUUACACCGCGGAUGUGAUGGCGACGGUGAAGGAAUGGGACAAGCCAGUCUUUGCAGAAACCUGGUGCAGGCUGGCGAACGGCGGCAGCCAGCCGCUGCUUUGCUUCAGAGGGAUGGACGGUCGAGAUCGAGUCCCUGCAACCUACCUUUGGUAUGUGCCAUACAUCCUGGGCCGAAUCGAGUGGAAGCUUUCGAAGCUGUGUCCCGCUUCACCGGAGAGGCUGGAGCGGAAGAGCAUCAUUUGCCUCCUGAUGGAUGCUUGCCAUGUGGAGCUCGCAGUGCGCGCUUCUCUGACAGAGAGGAGGAGAGACGAGAUCAUGGAGACCGAGCCAAGCUUUAGGCUACAUGCAGUUCGACUGGCAAUCCUGUUUGGGUCUCCAGACGGCUAUGAGAGUGCCGGAACGAUCUGUUUCGACACGAACUGUCUUGAGCUGUCACGGCAAAAUGUCAUCGUUGACGCGCUCAAGGGGAUGCAAGCGGUCGUGCAAGAGAACAAGUGCCACAUGGGCAAAUACCUCUCCUGCGAGGCGAGGGCUUUGCUGGACAGUGGCGAGUUGAACAGGGCAGCUGAUUGCGUGAUAAAGAUUGUCGAUGAAGCGAUGCGAGCCCGCAAGUUCCGAGUGCCCUCCUUCGGUGCUUGCCUCAAUCCUCACGUCAUGCUCUAUCAGCGUGCCCGCAAGGCAGAGAGGCAGCAGUGGGCGGCGAUGCAGACGUGCACGGCCUGGAAGUCCAGCAAGCCAUCUUGCAGGCUAUCUUGGGAGUUCAGGCGUAUGCGGCUCUGCAGGAAAAGCUGGGAACACAGCCUCGUGAGUCAAAGUCAGCAACAAACUUGCUGGGUGUCGAAGAGACAGUUGGUGCAGCCAGCUCAGCCAACCAGCAGAGCUACCCGGCUGACUGCCAUGUACAGGAGCAAAGGGGAGGAGGAGCCUACUUCAUCGAUUUGCGGCUGCGCGCUCUCGCUCGUUUCGACCUGCGUGGGCAGCGGGCUUCUCGCGCUGCCUUUUGCGUUCGCUGCAGCUGGGCCCUUACACGGUCUCGGUCUCCUUGCUGGGUCAGCAAUUCUCUCGGCUUUCGUCUCGCUGCUGCUGUGUAUGUGCUGCGACUGGAGCGAGAAGAAGUCCUACGAAGAGCUCGCAAUAGCGGCCUUUGGCAGCUGGGGCUCCGUGAUAAUGGAGCUGAUGGUCGUUUGGCUCCUGCUUGGUGCGAUGACGAGCCUGCUGGUCAUUGCGGGUGACUGCCUCAUGGCAGUUGGGCCCAGCUUGGAUUUGGCGGGCUCUGAACGACGCGGCCUGCUCACGGCCUUGGAUGUCGCCCUGGUGAUCCUGCCGCUGUCCUGCCUGCAGUCUCCAGCUUCUCUUCUCUACAGCAACGCCAUUGCGGUUUCCUGCACACUCCUCGUGGGCCUGCUGCUGUCUCUGCGGAGUUGGGGCGCUUGGGGCUCACUAAGCGAUAUGGUGAUCUCCAACAAGUCCAACUUGUCCGGACUGCCUGGGCUGUUGCGAGCAGUCCCGAUAGUCACGCUGUCUUUGGGUUGCCAGGUGCAGGUGCCUUGCAUCUACGCCACCCUGGAGAAGCGCUCCUUCAAGCGAAUGAGAUGUGCGAUUCUGGCGGCAAUGGGCUUAUGCAUCUUCAUCUACACGGUGGUGGCCUUGUCUGGUCUGCAUAUUGCCGAGCUUCAGGGAGUCACUGCUGUGCCAGGCAAUGUUCUGGACCUUUUCGGUUCCAGUGACUGGCUGGGUGGAGCUAUGCGUGCGGCCAUUUCGGUGGCCGUGACUCUGGCGUUCCCAAUGCUGUGCUUACCUUGCCGCUCCACCGUAGACCACCUGGUCUUCGGGGGCGGUGCCUUUGCUGCCUCGAAUGCUGGGAUGCGGCACCGGAUGGAGACACUAGUGGUGGUUGGCAUUACUCUCCUACUCUCAACUACUGAGAGUGACCUCUCGAAAGUCUUCGGUUUCACCGGCGCCACGGCAGGGGCAGUUAUUUGCUAUGUCUUGCCUCUUUGCUUUUACCUGCGGCUGCGAAAGAUGCGUCCGGCAGUUGAGCGCCGCUCGACGAUUGCCGUUGCCGUGCUGUGUGGGCUGCUGUUGGCCGCGAUGAUUCCGUGCGUGGCCUUGGCUACCUGGCAGCUUCUUUGA